AUGCUUCUCCACAGAUUGUUGAGUGAAUCUCUAUCUAGAACUCCAGAGCUGUUAGCUGCUCGCUGGCGGCAUUAUUUUCGGAACAUGUCCUGCGCGGAUCUUAUUCCACCAGCUGCUGUCCGUGGAAUGACGGUGCUGGACAAGAGUGCUUUUGAUAAACGUGUCACCGUUCCACAGCUAGUGGUUCCCCGUGAAUUAGAUUUCAAUCAAAUAUGUUCAUCUGUGAAAAAGCUUUUACUGAAGGUUGAAAAAUACAAGCCGGUAAAUUCCGCCGAGCGCAAAAUAACGCUGCAUCCUCUGGGAGUAAAAUCAUGGGAAGACCUGCAAGAGGCUAGCCUUGAAGAUAAGGGUUUGAGCAAAAGCAAUCUGGUUUGGGAGGAGAUGAACCUUGGAUAUGAUAAUUGGAAAUACGACGAGAUAUUAAAAGCAGUUUUGCCGGAGGACAAAGAGGCUAUGACGGCGUUUUCCAGAGUUGGCCAUGUGAUACACUUGAACCUGAAGGAUCAUUUAUUACCAUACAAAAUACUUAUUGGCCAGGUUGUCAUGGAUAAAGUCGUUGGCUGCCGGACGGUAGUCAACAAGCUGGUCACGAUAGAUAACACUUACCGAAACUUUCAAAUGGAACUGCUUUGCGGAGAUGAAGACUAUCAAGUUUCGUUGAAGGAAAAUGGAUGCUUUUUUGAAUUUGAUUUUUCAAAGGUAUAUUGGAACUCAAGACUGUCGACGGAGCAUGGGCGUGUAGUUGAAAUGUUGAAUAAAGAGGAUUGCCUUCUCGAUGUGUAUGCAGGCGUAGGGCCUUUCAGUAUUCCAGCAGCUAAAAAAGGAUGCAUGGUUUUGGCUAAUGACUUGAAUCCCGAUUCAUACAAGGCUUUGAUACAUAACAGCACAAAAAAUAAGGUUCAAAGCCGAAUUACAUGCUUCAACAAAAAUGGUAUAGACUUUAUCCAAGACGAGAUAAAAACGUUAAUUGUUCAAAAAAACAAAAAUAAUACAUUCGCAGGAAAAAUUCAUAUUAUAAUGAACCUUCCGGCACUUGCUGUAGAACAUUUAGAAAACUUUGUGGCCUUACUAGGCAGCGGAACAAUCGAACUAAAGCACUUUCCAUUAGUGCAUGUUUAUUGCUUCGCAAAAGGAGUUGACGAUAACAAAACCCUAGCCAGAGAUUUGGUGGAGAAAAAUAUGGGCAUUCCGUUGAGGGACAACUUAAAAGAAAUCGCAUUCGUUAGAAAUGUGGCACCUAAUAAGGAUAUGAUGCGAGUUACGUUCUAUUUGACGCAAGAAAUUUUAUGCUCGAAUGGUAAAAAGCUGAAACGAUCGACAUCAGAUGAUGUCCAGCAGGAUGUUAAACGAAAAUGUAACAUUCCAAUAAUGGGCAAACGAAACAUCAAAAAUCGCAACCAACAGAAGCAGACCGCCAAGAAAGUUAAGAAUGUAUUUGCCGUUAAUCAGGGAAAGAAAAGUAAUGUGAAAAAAGCGAAAGAAGUAACAUCAAAACUUAAAAAGAUUAAUGUGCAGGACAAACGUGAAAAAUCGGAUAAAAAAUUCCAAGAUCUGCACGCACAUAUUGUGGCCAAAAAGCCAGAAAAGAAAUCCUCAAAGGAGAAGCCUGCUCCACAGAAAAACAAAAGUCAAACCAACACGAAACUGGUUGAAGCAAGUUUGGACAAGAUGCAGAUGUAAUACGAUGGAAGUUCUUUGAAGAUAGCAGUACAAAUGGAACUGUUAAGUAUAAGUUAUUUGAUUUAUUUUGCUUUAAACAUUACAAUAAUAUGGAAUCCUAAUGGUUAAAAAUUA